ACGGGGCCCCCGGGCAAUAGGGGAUCAUGGGGCCCCUGUGUCAUUGCCCAAACUCAAAAAAGCUUAUGAAAAAGGUAUAAGUAUGAUAGGAACAAAGUGAUUCCCAGUAAAUAUUCAAUUUUAGGAAAAUGCACUAUCAAUAGGGAUGGCAGAAAAGUUGUUUUAGAUGCAGGGGCGGACUGACAACUCAUGGGCCCCCCAGGCAAUAGGGGAUCAUGGGGCCCCUGUGUCCUUGCCCAAACUCAAAAAAGCCUAUGAAAAAGGUACCAGGGGCAUCUCAUGGGGCCCCCUACUGACCCCGGGCCCUCGGGCAGUGCCCGAGUUUCCAAAUGGUCAGUCCGCCCCU